AUGAGCUUCGCAUCAAUCCCCCCCACAUCUCACUCAGCUCCUAUUGACGAGUACAUUGUUCUUUGGACGGCCGACAAGUACAAAAAACUCAAGAAAUGGCAUGAUGGAUAUCUACGAUACCAUACGUUUAAUAAACGAUUGAUGGUCUAUGACCAUCUUAUGAAUAAAGUGUGCGAUAAAUUCUUGCCGGAACCGGAGCCGAUAGAUGUCGGAGAUGAACUGAUAUUUGAUUCACAUCUUGUCACUAUUGAAGAUAUCAAAGGACGGCAGACCCAGGAUUUAAGACCACUGUUCGAAAAAACCGUGGAUAGAAGGAAGGAGCGAGGAUCAACCACAACACCAAUCAGAACAGUUGGGACCCCUGCCUCUUCAGAACAGUCGCCUACGCCCACUCUACUCCGAACUAUACAAUCAAGGCCGUCUACAGGCCAUGGCCGUCCUGUGUAUCCAUCUCCAGUAGCAAGACCCUCUCCAAGGGAGGUUGAAUCCAAUGUCGUUGUUCCUCAAAAGAGAACUUCACAGGGCGCGCCGAUAGUCCAAAAGAUCAGUUACAAACCGUUUAAAGUAUCAAGGGUGGAAGGUAGUGAUAUUUCUCCUGUCCAAACAAAGAUAACGAAAAAUAGUAGUGGUGCUGUUAUCAAAAAUCGUGGGAGGCCAAAAAGCGUCACCCAAGUGUCACCCGACCUUGGCUUGGCAACAAAUAUACUGGACGCCGACGAUGACAUAGAAAUGUUAGAAUUGGAUCUCGAAAGCAGCGAUUUCGCUCAGAGGCCGAAGCCAUCUGGCCGGAUACUUCCAAAUGCGCCACCUCCGUUCAAACCUCCAAGGCCGCAGAGUACUGCACAAAAUGGCACAGAACAUCGACCAGACGACAUGCAGGAGGAACUGCCUUUACCCCCUCCGCUGGCUCGCACUGUAGUGCCGGUGAGCCAAGUAACUAAUCCCUUGGGAUCUUCUCCUAGGAUCCCGCCAUCAACGAUCACAAACUACUCGCAGGAACUGCUUUCUUCUCCAUCAUUCAGGAGUAGACCAAAUGUGCCCCCCAUUUUAGCCCAAAAGACCCCAAAGAAAAAGGAUUCUUCACCAAUAGUGCCUCCUUCGCCCGUUCCAAGUCCGGAUCUUGUCCCUGAAGAGGUACAGGAAUCAGGACGGUUGACCCUACCUUCUGCCACUAGUAGGAGUCGGCGGAAGUUGUUAUGUGGUCCGUCAGGUCGAGCAAGCAAAAUGGUAUCCCUAUCUCGUCCAGUCUCAACACUCUCAAUAUUAGACACAUUUCCUAAAGGUAGUGGGUCAUCCGAGCCUGUGGGGUCAGGGGUAGUUGAUAAGAAGCCACGGAAUGAAACUAAAUUGAGCGUGCCUCCUCUGAAAACUAACUCUGCAAGGGUGCCUGAGAGGCCAGGCUUCCCAAAUACUAACCCUACAGGCCAAAAUGCCCCGAAGCGGUCCUCACUUGACCUACCUGGAAAGACCAACCCGCCGGAAGGCCACUGGAAACCGUUAUGGAACCAUAAUAGCGGUCCAGGAGGUUCUAAUUCUCCCGACGACCAAACUCCGCAUCAUCGAGGCGCCCCAGAUAUCAAAGUAUCAGAGCAAGAUGACAAAUCUAACAAAAAAUCACAGAAUAAAUCUCCAAAACUAUGUAUUUUUUCAUCCGACGAAGAAGAUCUCGAUAUCAUGGUGUCGAAACCAGCUCCAAAGAAACUGAGAACGUCACUUCCGCCAGAUUCGGAUUCUUCUGGGGAUGAAUUCGAGCCUAUGAGGUCCUCUGCAGUGCCGAAGCACCUUGUUGGGCAAUCUAGGAAUGUAAAGCUACAGUCUUGCCAAGCUGUAUCUGAAGCCUCGAGGGUGUGGAGGGAAGGAGAAGGGGAGUUUGAAUAG